GUAAUGUUAUGUUUAUUUCCAAUUGGAAAUUUCAUUCCGGUGUAAGUCAUUAGUGGGCGUUGUAAAUUUAUGAUAUUACAGAAUAAUUAAAAUAUUAUACAAUUUUUUGAAUAGUGAAAACAGCUCACUUACUACCAAUAAUAACCCUUCAACUGAAAAGGAUGAGGCAGAUGAGGAUUCUAGUGCAAUAUCACCGUUGAAGGACAGUACUGAUGGCCGCAGAAAAUCAAUACCUGAUCAUCAGGAAUCGGACACCAUUUCUGAGAGUGAAGAAGAAUAUUUUCGAAAGAUGCUGUCUGAAAGAAGAGGGUCGUUUCGUCCUCAGCCAAAAGGAACGGUACCUUAUACGGUGCAAUCUUCAGAUUCAUUAGAAGGAAUUGCUGCUAGAUACAACAUAACACCAUCGGAGUUAGUUACCUUGAACAAAAUAAGUUCUCGCUUUGUGUUUCCGGGACAGAUAAUAUAUAUUCCAGAGAAAAACAGUCUCCAAGCAUUAGAGCAAAUUAUAAAAAUCAGUGCGGCUGCAGUUGGUGAAUCAAGUGAUGUUGAAAGUCCAAAACCUGGACAUGUUGAGCGAGUUCCAUCUGUAGAAGAUAAAAUGAAGUCAGUUUCAUGUGAUCAAGUGCCGGAAAUCAAAGCAUUAACUACUGAUCUUCCGAAAAAUUCUGAAGAUUUGUGCAAAGAAUCUCUAAGAAUAAAUUCAAAAUAUGUCACAGAUGGGGAAGGAGUGGUUAGUGGGGUACUUAUUGUGACUACGAAUCAUGUGAUGUUUGAUCCUAAUGUCUCUGAUCCAUUAGUGAUUGAAUAUGGAAUGGAUAAAUAUGGUGUUGAAGCCCCGAUGAGUUGCAUAGUUAGAGCUGCUUUAUAUACAGAUAUUUUUCGUAUAAGGCAUGAUGCAAACUCUGACAAGAAUUCUAAUUUAUACCAUUCUAAAAACUUGCCAAUGAAGAAAAGUAAAUCCCAUAAUGACAAAUUAACCAAAAAUGAUAAAUCCAAACAAGGCCGAAGAUACAGCUCUGCUGAACUUGCAAGCAGGCGUUCAGACUUUGGUAUUGCAGUUAGUAAAUCAUUUCAAGACAGUUUGUCAAAGAUUAGUGAAAGUACUGGCCAAGAAGAAGAAGAGAGUGAAAGUAGUUCACCUAAUAAAUCUUCCCUACCAAUUGCUAUUCAAUCUUCUACUCCUGUUACUACAUCUGAGGAACUUAAAGAUAACCAAAAAGCACUUCUUUCUAAUUCUUCAUCUUUUGACUCAGAUGUAGAUCCUCCUUCAAGAAAAGCAUCUAUUUCUGAUGAAGAUAUUCUAGGCUCAAGUUCAGAGUCUCAUUCUCCGAAAAAGAAAUCUAAUUUUGAGAAGACUAAGCAUAAGCUUCAUAAAGGUUUGAAAAAGUUAUCUAUCACUGAUAGUUUGUUUUCUCAUCCUCCUGGGGGAGGGCGCAGAAUGUCUCUACCAGCCUUCAGCUCACUUCCUGACUUCAAACUUAAGAGUCCUAGUGCAAAGAGUCCACCCGUUGAAAAGCCCAAACCUGUUGUAAAUCAAGAGAAACCCGUUGCUCCUGCAUAUGUAAAUAUGGUUGAUGAAAAACCAGAACUUUUUGCACCUCUUGAUAAAUUAAUUCCUAGACCAGCAACAUCAUUUUGUGAUACACCUCUCUACUUAUGUUUAAGAAUGGGUGAACCAAUUGAAAAGUCCGUUAUUCGUACUAAUCCUGUUGUACAUUUUGGGCAGAAGACAAAACCAGAAUAUUGGUUCAGUAUUCCAAAAGACAAUGUGGACAGUCUUUAUUGUUUCUUUCUACGUUGGUGCCCAGAAAAGUAUGGUGAUAUCGAUAAGAUAAAUUUCGAGGAACUUGGCUUCUUCCCUAUUGAGCCAGAAUAUAAAGAGGAAUCAGAAGGAAAAGGAUCUCAUCCUAAUCGCCGUGCUAGUUGGGCAUUUCCAUGGAGAAGGAAAUCUAAAGAUGUUGGUGAAUCGCAAUCAACUUCCAGUCUGGAAGAUUGGGAGCUCUUAGAUUGCUUAAGAAUUGAUGCGGCGAUUGUGCAUCCGCCUGAACUACUUACUCCUUCAACUAUUUUGAAUGAUGAUCAGCUGUUAGAAAUUAGCAAAAGUUUGCCUCCUAGGGCUAUGAAUUCAUGGACUCUUAUUUAUGGCAGUGCAUCUCAUGGCUUCAGUCUCAAGACCAUGUAUCGUGAAAUGGCUAAAUAUGAUUGUCCAAUUCUUAUUGUUAUAGAAAAUCGGAAUAGUAUUAUUUUUGGAGCAUAUUUAACAUCUCCUCUGAAAAUGAGCGAUCAUUUCUAUGGAACCGGUGAAUCAUUUCUAUUUACUUUUCAUCCAGAAUAUAAGGUUUAUCACUGGUCUGGAGAAAAUGAAUAUUUUAUUAAAGGCAAUGUUGACAGCUUUAUGGUUGGAUCUUCUGAAGGACAUUUUGGGUUGUGGUUGGAUGAUGAUUUAUUCCGUGGUUGCACAAACUCCUGUCAGACAUUUGGAAAUGAUCCAUUAUGCCCAGUAGAAGAUUUUGAGGUUAAAGCAGUUGAAGCUUGGGGCUUUAAAUGAAAAAAUAAAUAAAACAUGUGUAGCUAUGUAUAUACAUAUAUAUAUAUUUAAAAAAAAACCAUGACUUUAAGUUGUAUCAGAUGUAUUUUUUGUUAAGAAAGCAAAGUUUUAAUUUAUUCUCUCUGUUGUUAUAUUUUCUGUUAUUCCGGAGAGGAAAUAUAUU